UUCAUUUUGUAGUCCCCGUUUUGUUACGUUGUUUGGUCGAUUGAUAUUGUGGGGUGCUUGAUUUAAGCAUUUCCAUUUAAAUUUUGGCAUUUCGUUUGUAUUUGAGUAAUUGUUAAUUACUAUUGUUUAUAAAAAUUGGACUUAUUCUAUCAGCUGAACGUUUUGCUCUUCUGGCUGGAAUGAAAUAAAACAAUUACAGUAGAGUCCUGAUUAACCAAGACCCUGUUACUGAUUCUGCAGUAUCCAAGAUGAAAUGUGGAAGAGUACUUUGUCAGUAAAGACAAGAGUUUAAUACAGUACAGUUUGUUUCAUGAAUCUUGGCCAGAUGAUGCACAGUAUUCAAAAGGAACUCGAAGUUUUGAAAAGAAUUUACUCUGAAAGAAACAUUUUAAAAUUGUUUGCUGAGUAUAUCUAUUUUGAUGUAGAAGACAACCAGUAUCAACUGAUAGUUCCAAAGAAUAAUAAAUGUAGUAGAUGUUUUUCUUCACUAAGAUAAACUGUGAAUGAUCUGCAAGGCAGUCAUCGUGAGAGUGAAGGAUAAACCUGCAAACUAAAUUAUUGAUUUAUUGGACUGAUUAUUAUAUAAAUGGUAUUAACCAUGUCUGAUGAUCUUGAUGUUGAAGCUAUGUUGGAAGCCCCAUAUUCCAAGGGUGAAAAAAAAGGGAAUAGUGAUAAUGAUAAUGUGCAUAAUGAGAUAUUUCCAAUUUCAUCAAUAGGAUACAUACAGGAUGAAGUAAAUGGAAGAUUGGACGAUAGUAGCACUGCCAACAAAGAAAACAGGCGGAAGAGUAGCAGUAGUAAAAAGAAAAAGCACAGUAGAAGCCGGAGCAGAAGCAGAGGAAGACGAAGUAGAAGUCGCAGUCAUGGUAGAAGAAGUAGAAGCAGAGGACGAACUAAUCGAAACCGGCGAAGUAGAAGCAGAGGUAGACGUAGUCGCAGUAGAGGGCGAAGAAGUAGUAGAAGUAGAGAAAGACGAAGGCACAGUCGCAGUCAUAGCAGAACUAGAGAUAGAAGACGUAGCAGGAGUCGAAGUAGAGACCGUCGUCAUGCUAGUAGAGAAAGAAGGCGAAGCAGAUCACGGUCUCCAAGGAGAGAUUACAGGAGGAGGCAUUCUAUUUCCAAGAGUCCAGUCAGACGACGUUCUCCAUCAAAAAGUCCGUUGAGUUCAAUGCCAUCAAUAGAUAGUGGUCCAUUAAGUAGAAUGUCUGCAGAAUUAAAUUCAGAAGAUAAAGAUCAAAGAACGGUAUUUUGUAUGCAACUUUCCCAGAGAGUUAGAACACGUGAUUUAGAAGAAUUUUUUUCAUCUGUAGGAAAAGUUUGUGAUGUAAGAAUAAUUAUGGACAAUAAAACACGAAGAUCAAAAGGAAUAGCAUACAUAGAAUUCGCCAGUAUUGAAUCUGUUCCUUUGGCAUUGGGAUUGAAUGGUCAAAAAUUAUUAGGAGUCCCAAUUAUAGUACAGCCAACUCAAGCAGAGAAAAAUAGACUUGCUGCCAGUGCCAACAAUCUUCAGAAAGGAAAUACAGGCCCCAUGAGACUAUAUGUUGGGUCUCUUCAUUUUAAUAUAACAGAAGAUAUGUUACGUGGAAUUUUUGAACCAUUUGGAAGGAUUGAUAAAAUUGAAUUAAUAAGAGAUUCUGAAACCGGGAGGUCUAAAGGUUAUGGAUUCAUAACAUCAAAAUUAUCAUCGAUUUCUGCCAUUUUGACGUUUCAUGAUGCUGAAGAUGCUAAAAAAGCCUUAGAACAGUUAAAUGGAUUUGAAUUAGCAGGUAGACCUAUGAAAGUAGGUCACGUCACAGAAAGAACUGAUACUGCACAAGGUCCUUCAUUUUUAGACAGUGAUGAAUUAGAUCGUACUGGUAUUGAUCUUGGAGCAACAGGAAGGCUUCAAUUAAUGGCAAAAUUAGCAGAAGGUACUGGUUUUGAAAUUCCUCAGGCAGCUGUAACAGCAUUACAAAUGACUCAAGGAAGUCUUAUUGGACAACAAGCUGCUCCACCAAUUGCAACACAGUGUUUUAUGUUAUCAAAUAUGUUUGAUCCUACAACUGAAACAAAUCCAACAUGGGAUGAAGAAAUUAAGAAUGAUGUUGUAGAAGAAUGCAGAAAACAUGGUGGUGCUCUUCAUGUUUUUGUGGAUAAAAUAUCCCCUCAAGGAAAUGUUUAUGUUAAAUGUCAAAGCAUAGCAGCAGCAGUGGCUUCAGUUAAUGCACUUCAUGGUCGAUGGUUUGCAGGUCGUGUCAUUACAGCAGCAUAUGUACCUGUAGUAAAUUACCACAGUUUAUUUCCAGCUGCAAUCACAGCAAGUACAUUGUUGUAAUCACUUUUUGUAAGGUAAAAAUUUCACCCGGAUCAUUCAUCACAAAAUAAUGUGGAUUUCAUUCAUAAGUGUAAAAAGUAUCACAAUUUAAUGUUGUGAUUAUCUGUAGUUUUUUUAUAGCACUUUCUGGGUACACUUUUAAACUUUGAUCUUUUGAAAGACUAAAUUCUUACAGAUAUUAGAAAGAUUGUACAGAAAGAAAGCAUAUGUGGUGGUGUAUAUAAUUUUGUCAGUUUUCUUGUACCCAAAUGUAAAAAUAAAAUUACUUGUGCAGUUGA